UAGAACAUCCAUCCAUACGGUUAGAACUUCUUGGAAAACCCAAAAUUUGGUUUUGUUCAGUACUAAUACUAGUGGAGAAUAUGAAGCAAACCAUAACCAUUGAGGCGCAGUUUAGAUGCGAAAAAUGUCGGUCCAAGGCCAUGGAAAUAGCUGUUUCAGAAGACGGUGUAAUAUCAGUGGCUUUUAAGGGGACAAAUAGAGAUCAAAUGGUGAUUACUGGGGACAGAGUUGAUGCAGCGGGGCUGGCCAAGUCAUUGAGGAAGAAGCUUGGCUAUGCAGACCUGCUGAGGGUAGAAGAAAUAACCGAAAAGAAACCUCAGUAAAAAAGUGAACCUGAACGAGAAAAAGAAAACCGAACAUGCAUAUGUUACUACACUUAACAGGAGAAAAAAACUUAUCUCACCAUCCACAUCAGUUGGAAUUCUUCAUCAAAGACCCGAAUGGAAAAUAUUAGUAUUUUAUGAUUAUUUGAGUUUGCUUGGUAGUUUAGUAUAUAGGCCUAGCUCAUCCAAACUAGAGUUUCGAGGUUUUUGCUCUCUAUAAAUUUAGCUUAUAGUUUAGUAUGAAUAAUAAGUUAAUCACAAUUAAUAUAGUCUUUUGGAGUUUUGCA